AUGGGAUCACUGUUGGCACCACCUAAUGAACAGCCACAAUUUUUACAGGUGUGUUUUAUGGGAGGCGACGACUUGGAAACUGAAAAACGGUGUCAAAUCAUUCAAGGUAUGGAGCAAGCAACUGUGCCAGGAAUCCGGGGUCCUACCAGUUUUCAAGCGCUCAAAAUCGUCGAUAGGCCGGAAAAAGCCACUUUCCAAGAAGCAUGUGAGGCGAUGGAGCUGCUUGAAGACGACGGCCACUGGGACGCAACGAUGGAGUACGCAAUGUUGUGCCGGUCAGCGACUACGUUGAAAGAACUCUUUGCGAUUAUAGUACCUGCAAACUCUCCAACCCCCGGCAAUUGUGGAACAAGUAUAAAAAGCGCUUUGUCUGAAGAUAUUGCUCGCCGAUACCAAGGAAUAACACUAGCCAACGAUGACAUAAGUUUUAACGAAGCGCUGAAAGUCUUUUUUUCUUGGACGCACCAGGGGCACCGGCAAAACUUUUUUAAUGAACUUGCUGUUAGCAUAGUUGUACAAAGACAAAGUGGUUGGUUGCGCUGGCUGUUGCGUCCUCCGGAAUAG